CGUAAUGCACCGAAAAAACAAGUGUAUCGUAGUAUUGCGCAGUGCGCAAUGAGAUGAACCUGUUAUAGUAUUUUACGGACAUCCAAAGAUAAUCCAAUUGUUCAUCAAUUGAUUACGAUUUAUUGUAUCAUUGUGCAUAUCGAGUUUCUGUACCAACCACCAGAGUGUUAGGCCUACUGUACCAGGCUGUAAAGUGAGUUACAAAAUUAACUUCAUUUUCAUAGGCAUUUAAGCAAUCAAGUAAACCAACUAAAUUCUUGAAACAUGGAAAACACAAUUCAGUUCCAAGAAGUAGUGCAGAAAGCCUUUGGUAAAUACUAUGACCAUAGUAACUACCCGACAACAGUGGCCAGUGAGCUUUUGCAAGUCCUUUCCACAAAAUAUGAAAACAAUCUGACAUUAUUCAAAGAAGAAUUUGUGAAACCUACACAAAAAUUGCUGGAAACUCUUAAGCAAAAUAAGAUGCAUUUGUAUACUAAGCAAGACCAGAAAGUGAAGAUCAUAGUUCAUCUUGCACUUUCAGUGGAAGUUCAAACUGGAGAGUUUUUUUUCUCUGUUGGCCACACAAACCCAGGAACAUUGACUGUAAAGUUCUGUAAGUAUGUCACACAAUUAGAUGAUGGGAUAAAUCUAGCUGAACCUAAGUACACCACAGUAAAAAUGACAGUUGACAAGAAUUCUCUCAACGAAUGUCUGACACUGGACUACUUCAAAGAUCUGCGCGAAAAUGGAGAAAAAAUGGGAACCGAGAGAACGUCUGUGAUGUUCCGGUUGUGUUGGGUGAAGGUACUUGAUCAAAAUGUGGUUGGGGGAUUUUUGAAGAUAUAUGAUGCAAAAAAAAUACUUUCACAUAGAAAACAGAAGAAGUUAGUGAAAAGUAUUUCUUCACCAGUGCCAAUACAACAAGCCAACAUCCAGCCAUUUCAUAAACCACAACAAGUAUCUGACGAUGCUAGUCUUAUAAGCCAUCAUCCUAUGGAAGAAGGACUUCAUCCACCAUCAAAAAUCACUAGACAACAAGCGUAUGAUUCUUCAGAUCCAGUGGUAUCAAAAGAGCCUGAGAUGGAAUGGCAGGAAGAUCCAACUGGAAUGGGAGGAGGUGGAUAUGUCCCUUCCACAUCUGAUAAUUUAAAUUUGCCGACAGAUCUUCAAAUAGCUUCAAAUAAACCAGUAGCAUCUAAACCUCCAGUGAAUGAAUGGAAGUCCCAAAACAUUGAUUCAAGGUCUGGAGACAGUUUUGGUUGCAGUUCUCUCAGUCCAACUGCCUCUGGUAACAUACAUGUCAGUACAGUUUUUGUAAGCAGUGGUCCUGAGGCACUUUGUCUAAUUGAUAGUUUGAAGAUUUCAGCUCACAAUGACAACAAUGAAUAUGGCCGACAAGGAAUUGAGAGUGGUGGAACAGGUUUAGCCCCAAGCAAUACAUCUGCAAAGGAUGUCAGUAAUGGUUAUGUUAGAGAAUUUGAGGGUAUUGGUCCAACAGGAACACCUGGGGUUCAUUUGAUGGCAGAAGGAAAUAACCCUCAGCCAGCAAACAAUGUCAGUAGUGAUAAACCUGCUUCAAGCAAACCAUCUGGGGCGAGCUUGUCAGAUGGGGGAACAAAAGAGAAGCCUGCCAAUGAUGUGGAUGAUGGAUAUGUUGAAAGAAUCAAGGGUAUGGACCCAAGUAGCACCUCCAGUUCUAUGGCACAGGCAGCUGAGAAAAACGGUGGACUUGCAAAGGAAGUUAAUGAUGGGUAUGUUUCAGAAGAUAAAGCCACUGACCCAAAGUGAUUGUCGAUCCUCCAAAGAAUCCUAUGUCUUCACCAAAUACUUAUUAAAUUUUUUCUAAUCCAACUUUUAUUCUAUCAUAUUUUAAUGUAUUCACAAAUUGAAUGUCUGAAUGCAGUGAAUGAUGCUCUUUUUCCAGAUAAAUAUAAAUUAUUGUAAAUUAAAAGGUGUUAAUGGUAAUAGUUUUUUGUAGCAAUACAAUUUUUUUUUUGUGACAUUUGUAAAAUUUGUAUGUCAACUAUGAACUGUACCUGUCAAGAAAUGUAAAUACUUGUACAAAUUUAUUAAAUUUCUUCACUAAACUUACAAUCUAGUAUACAAGCUAGCAUUUACUUCAAGUAUUAUGUCUCAAAUGCAACAAUAUUGGCAUAAUUCUUGCCAAAUUUUAAGUUUUUUUCUAUAAUGUUAGGGUUUCAAUGGUAUAAAAAUAGUUUUGCCAAAAAGUUAAAAGUGUCUUGACAUUUUUAGUUGACUAAUAUGACUUAAAUUGUUUCCUAUAGAUUAUUAAGGAACUGUUCGGCCACUUGACUCGCACAAGUAAAUAU